UUUAAUCCUAACCAGCUUUCAUUAUUCUCAGCUCCUUAUCCUCAUAUACCUAUGUACAUAAUAAUUACUAUGUGAUCUUAUAUAAUCCUUAUCCAGUGGAGGAUAUUUAAAUAUCUCCACAUCGUUGCUGUAUCUUAUGGUUUCCGGUUGCAACCAAACGUGAUUACAUACCUACCUUCUGAUCUCCGGUUGAAUUUUGACGCCGUAGGCUAAUACUUCGUGAGUUUCUUGCAGUCCCCGCUCUUCAUCUUCGUGAAAGGACUUCAUCGAUUGGGCCGUGACUUCUGCUGCGCGAUGAAAAUACGUCUCUAACUUAAUAUCUGUUACACACUGCACACCAGUUGUCGCAAGUAAAUGUGUUAAAAUGGAAGUUCCCCAAUGCUUGACACCAAGACUGCCCUUUUGGUCUUCUCUCGGCCUGUUCCUCUCGUUUCCUUUUCUCUGAGGUGGCGAACAUCUUUGAGAUCUGAGAUCAAACUGAGAAACUGCUUCCGUCUGAGCUGGGACGAAAUAACCAACAAGGGCCUACCUGGACCAUGGCCGCACUUCAAUACCAACCAGCUGCACCCAACAACUCAACCACCGAUGUCCAUUAAGGGUAGCUUGGCACGAAGUAUUCACACCACAGAAAAUAUACAUACUCCGAGAAGAAGCAAGAAGAGACAAUCCAACGUCGAAGUGCCGGGG